CAUGUUGAGGUUAAGUCAUUCACCCGCCUUUCCUGAAGGUUUUCACCUUUUAAGUAUUGUGGCACUCUUGCUAUUCCAUGUGGACAAAGCAUAUGCAGAAAGUCCAACAGACACGUCAAAGAACGCUACAUGUACUGGUACAUAUAUUUGCAAACCAGGUGUGAUUUUACCUAUCUGGGAGCCCCAAGACCCUUCAUUUGGUGAUAAAAUUGCUAGAGCUACUGUCUAUUUUGUGGCCAUGGUCUAUAUGUUCCUAGGUGUAUCCAUCAUAGCUGACCGCUUCAUGUCCUCAAUAGAAGUCAUUACAUCCCAAGAGAGAGAGAUAACUAUCAAGAAGCCCAAUGGUGAGACCAGCAAAACCACAGUGAGGGUUUGGAACGAGACUGUGUCCAACCUAACGUUGAUGGCUUUGGGUUCUUCAGCCCCUGAGAUUCUACUUUCUGUUAUUGAAGUAUGUGGUCAUGGUUUCACUGCGGGGGAUCUCGGACCGAGCACCAUUGUAGGCAGUGCCGCCUUCAACAUGUUCAUCAUUAUAGCCAUAUGCGUCUAUGUGGUUCCGGAUGGAGAAAUAAGGAAGAUUAAGCAUCUACGAGUGUUUUUUGUGACGGCAGCUUGGAGCAUCUUUGCCUACACUUGGCUUUACCUUAUUUUAUCUGUCAUAUCACCCGGUGUUGUGGAGGUCUGGGAAAGCUUGCUCACUUUCUUCUUCUUUCCCAUUUGUGUGGUGUUUGCGUGGGUAGCCGACCGAAGGCUUUUAUUUUACAAGUAUGUCUACAAGAAGUACAGGGCUGGCAAACAGCGAGGCAUGAUCAUUGAACAUGAGGGUGACAGGCCAUCAUCCAAAGCUGACAUUGAAAUGGACGGCAAAGUGGUUAACUCUCAUGUGGAGAACUUCUUAGAUGGCACCCUGGUUCUGGAGGCAGAUGAGAAGGAUCAAGAUGAUGAGGAAGCAAGGAGGGACAUGGCUAGAAUCCUGAAGGAGCUGAAGCAGAAGCACCCCGACAAAGAAAUGGAACAGCUGAUAGAACUAGCUAACUACCAGGUUCUGAGCCAACAGCAAAAGAGCCGAGCCUUUUAUCGCAUUCAGGCUACUCGGCUAAUGACGGGUGCUGGCAACAUUUUGAAGAGACAUGCUGCGGAUCAGGCACGGAAAGCUGUCAGCAUGCAUGAGGUCAACUGUGAAGUGGUGGAAAAUGAUCCUGUUAGUAAGAUCUACUUUGAGCAGAACACCUACCAGUGUCUCGAGAACUGCGGCACAGUAGCUUUGACCAUUGUUCGCCGAGGCGGUGACUUGACCCAUGUCGUUCACGUUGACUUCAGAACAGAAGACGGCACAGCCAAUGCAGGGUCUGAUUAUGAGUUUACCGAAGGGACUGUGGUCUUCAAGCCUGGCGAGACACAGAAGGAAAUCCGGGUUGGCAUAAUUGACGACGAUAUCUUUGAGGAGGAUGAGAACUUCCUCGUUCACCUCAGCAAUGUGCAAGUGAGCACUGAAGCGUUGGAUGAAGGAAUUCUGAAGGCUAACCAUGUCGCAACACUUGCCUGCCUGGGAUCGCCCUCCACUGCCACCGUUACCAUCUUUGAUGAUGAUCAUGCAGGCAUCUUUACCUUCGAGGAGCCGGUCACUCAUGUGAGCGAGAGCAUUGGAACCAUGGAAGUGAAAGUGCUGAGAACGUCCGGCGCUCGAGGAAAUGUUGUUGUGCCCUACAAAACCAUCGAAGGCUCAGCCAGAGGGGGAGGAGAGGACUUUGAGGAUACUUGUGGAGAGCUUGAAUUCCAGAACGACGAGAUUGUGAAAUUCAUUACCCUUAAAAUACUUGACCGUGAGGAGUAUGAGAAAGAGUGCAGUUUCUACCUUGUGCUUGAGGAACCAAUAUGGCUACGAAGAGGAAUGAAAGGUGGCUUCACAAUAACAGGGAAACUUCUGAAUGGCAAACCUGUCUUCAGGAAGGUCCAUGCUAGAGAACAUCCAAUUCCUUCUACUGUAAUCAGCAUUCAAGAAGAGAAUGAAGAGAAACAGCCACUGACGAGCAAAGAGGAGGAAGAGCGCCGCAUUGCAGAAAUGGGACGCCCAGUACUGGGAGAACAUACCAAACUAGAAGUCAUUAUUGAAGAAUCCUAUGAGUUCAAGAAUACUGUGGACAAGCUCAUUAAGAAGACAAACCUAGCCCUUGUGGUUGGAACUAACAGCUGGAGAGAACAGUUUAUUGAAGCUAUCACAGUCAGCGCUGGCGAGGAUGAUGAUGAUGACGAAUGUGGGGAAGAGAAGCUGCCCUCCUGCUUUGAUUAUGUGAUGCACUUUCUGACCGUCUUCUGGAAGGUCCUUUUCGCCUUCGUCCCCCCGACAGACUACUGGAAUGGCUGGGCCUGCUUCGUCGUCUCCAUCCUAAUGAUUGGUUUGCUGACGGCUUUCAUCGGGGACUUGGCGUCCCAUUUUGGCUGCACCAUUGGCCUGAAGGAUUCAGUGACUGCAGUCGUGUUUGUUGCGUUGGGAACUUCAGUGCCAGACACCUUUGCCAGCAAAGUGGCAGCUACGCAGGAUCAAUAUGCUGACGCCUCAAUCGGGAACGUCACCGGGAGCAAUGCUGUGAAUGUUUUCCUGGGGAUUGGCGUGGCCUGGUCCAUCGCUGCCAUCUACCACGCAGCAAACGGGGAAGUGUUCUACGUCUCCCCCGGCACCUUGGCUUUCUCCGUCACCCUCUUCACCAUUUUUGCUUUUAUCAGUGUGGGCGUGCUGCUUUACCGGCGGAGACCGGAGAUUGGAGGUGAGCUGGGUGGGCCGCGGACUGCCAAGCUUCUGACAACAUCCCUCUUUGUGCUCCUUUGGCUCUUGUACAUAUUGUUCUCAUCUCUGGAAGCCUACUGCCACAUAAAGGGCUUCUAAAGGAACAAUCAGAGAUAGUAAAUAUAUUGCUAGAGAUCUAUAUGUAUCUAUAUAGAAAGCUAUAUAGAUAUAGAUAGAGAUAAAACAUUGUGUAUAAUGAACAGAGGAAAAAUAAAAGACAUUUGCCAUGUUCACUUACCUGCUGAUGGAAUGCAGCUUGGAGCAUUCUUUGUACUAGGUAGGAGUAAGAAUUCAGCAAGAUUCUUAACCAGGGGUUGCAGCAUAUUAAAGGAGGCAUGGAUGCAGGGCCAUCUUUGCAACUCUACCUACAAGAGCGUAUGAUACUGACUUUAUUGUUGCUCCCACCCUGCCCCCUGGGGAGGAUUGAUCUGAAAUGUAAUUUGGGCUUUUCAGUAAUGCCGGGGCCAGAAUAGCUGUUAAGAAGCCGAGUGGUGGAGGGAAGGAGAGGAAUAGGGGACUUCAUGACUUCCUUACAAAAGUUUAUUUGCCUUCAUAUAUUGAGGACAUGCAGAUCUGUCCCCACUCAAUGAAAAAAAGAGUCUGGACUGAAGAAGGAAGUCCAGGGGUUCAAGAGCUUUCUACCAAUAGGAUGGAAACCCCACUGCUGUUCUUGCUUGGAUGCCCCAUUUAUUAUUCAGUUGUUAGAGUGUUGACAUGCUGAGAGUCACAAGAACAGUGCGAGACAUUUCCUUAUUUUUUGGCUGUAUUAUGAUCAGCAUGCCCUCUCCCCUACCCUGCAAACAAAAUCAGUGAGCCCGCCCACCCCACACUCCCCUGCUGUGCCUUGCAGGCACCUGUCCAAACCCUUUGUCUCAAGUCCCUGUUUUAGUUCUGACAGAAUCUUGGGGGCUUUACUUUUGUUGCCGUCCAUUCCCUGCCCAGACCCUAGUGCGUUGCUCCGGUCUCAUAUUCCUGAUUGGGAAUGCUGUUGUGGUCCUUGUAACACUUUGCAUGAAUGAAGUAACCCAUAUCUGUAUAUAGCAUUGUAUAGCAAUAGUCCAUUCAGCAGUGUGGAUCGGAUGCUGAAGAAGUGAGUGAGUUUUCUUUUCACCCAGGUUUGGUUUUGGGUUUGUUUUUUUUCUUAAUGGGACAAGGGGAAGUGGCUAACCCUUUAGCACUCUGCACAGGGGUUUUUAAGAAGCAAUAACA